AUGGCAAGAACAACACCCCGCCCCAUUCUCCCGCUUUCCAUCACCCCGCCCCAUUCUCCCGCUUUCCAUCACCCCGCCCCAUUCUCCUGCUUUCCAUCACCCCGCCCCAUUCUCCCUCUUUCCAUCACCCCGCCCCAUUCUCGCUCAUUCCAUCACCCCGCCCCAUUCUCCCUCUUUCCAUCACCCCGCCCCAUUCUCCCGCUUUCCAUCACCCCGCCCCAUUCUCCGUCUUUCCAUCACCCCGCCCCAUUCUCCCGCUUUCCAUCACCCCGCCCCAUUCUCCCGCUUUCCAUCACCCCGCCCCAUUCUCCCGCUUUCCAUCACCCCGCCCCAUUCUCCCUCUUUCCAUCACCCCGCCCCAUUCUCCCGAUUUCCAUCACCCCGCCCCAUUCUCCCUCUUUCCAUCACCCCGCCCCAUUCUCGCUCAUUCCAUCACCCCGCCCCAUUCUCCCUCUUUCCAUCACCCCGCCCCAUUCUCCCUCUUUCCAUCACCCCGCCCCAUUCUCCCUCUUUCCAUCACCCCCCCCCCCUCUCCCUCUUUCCAUCACCCCCCCCCCCCCCAUUCUCCCUCUUUCCAUCACCCCCACCAUUCUCCCGCUUUCCAUCACCCGCCCCAUUCUCCCGCUUUCCAUCACCCCGCCCCAUUCUCCUGCUUUCCAUCACCCCGCCCCAUUCUCCCGCUUUCCAUCACCCCGCCCCAUUCUCCCGCUUUCCAUCACCCCGCCCCAUUCUCCCGCUUUCCAUCACCCCGCCCCAUUCUCCCGCUUUCCAUCACCCCGCCCCAUUCUCCCGCUUUCCAUCACCCCGCCCCAUUCUCCCUCUUUCCAUCACCCCGCCCCAUUCUCGCUCAUUCCAUCACCCCGCCCCAUUCUCCCUCUUUCCAUCACCCCGCCCCAUUCUCCCGCUUUCCAUCACCCCGCCCCAUUCUCCCGCUUUCCAUCACCCCGCCCCAUUCUCCCUCUUUCCAUCACCCCGCCCCAUUCUCCCGCUUUCCAUCACCCCGCCCCAUUCUCCCGCUUUCCAUCACCCCGCCCCAUUCUCCCGCUUUCCAUCACCCCGCCCCAUUCUCCCUCUUUCCAUCACCCCGCCCCAUUCUCCCUCUUUCCAUCACCUCGCCCCAUUCCCCCGCUUUCCAUCACCCCGCCCCAUUCUCCCGCUUUCCAUCACCCCGCCCCAUUCUCCCGCUUUCUAUCACCCCGCCCCAUUCUCCCGCUUUCCAUCACCCCGCCCCAUUCUCCCUCUUUCCAUCACCCCGCCCCAUUCUCCCUCUUUCCAUCACCCCGCCCCAUUCUCCCUCUUUCCAUCACCCCGCCCCAUUCUCCCGCUUUCCAUCACCCCUCCCCAAUCUCCCUCUUUCCAUCACCCCGCCCCAUUCUCCCUCUUUCCAUCACCCCGCCCCAUUCUCCCUCUUUCCAUCACCCCGCGCCGAUCUCUCGCUUUCCAUCACCCCGCCCCAUUCUCCCUCUUUCCAUCACCCCGCCCCAUUCUCCCUCUUUCCAUCACCCCGCGCCGAUCUCUCGCUUUCCAUCACCCCGCCCCAUUCUCUCGCUUUCCAUCACCCCGCCCCAUUCUCCCGCUUUCCUUCACCCCGCCCCAUUCUCCCGCUUUCCAUCACCCCGCCCCAUUCUCCCGCUUUCCAUCACCCCGCCCCAUUCUCCGUCUUUCCAUCACCCCGCCCCAUUCUCCCACUUUCCAUCACCUCGCCCCAUUCUCCCGCUUUCCAUCACCCCGCCCCAUUCUCCCGCUUUCCAUCACCCCGCCCCAUUCUCCCUCUUUCCAUCACCCCGCCCCAUUCUCCCGAUUUCCAUCACCCCGCCCCCUUCUCCCUCUUUCCAUCACCCCGCCCCAUUCUCGCUCAUUCCAUCACCCCGCCCCAUUCUCCCUCUUUCCAUCACCCCGCCCCAUUCUCCCUCUUUCCAUCACCCCGCCCCAUUCUCCCUCUUUCCGUCACCCCCCCCCCCCCCGUUCUCCCUCUUUCCAUCACCCCCCCCCCCCAUUCUCCCUCUUUCCAUCACCCCCACCAUUCUCCCGCUUUCCAUCACCCCGCCCCAUUCUCCCGCUUUCCAUCACCCCGCCCCAUUCUCCCGCAUUCCAUCACCCCGCCCCAUUCUCCCGCUUUCCAUCACCCCACCCCAUUCUCCCGCUUUCCAUCACCCCGCCCCAUUCUCCCGCUUUCCAUCACCCCGCCCCAUUGUCCCGCUUUCCAUCACCCCGCCCCAUUCUCCCGCUUUCCAUCACCCCGCCCCAUUCUCCCGCUUUCCAUCACCCCGCCCCAUUCUCCCGCUUUCCAUCACCCCGCCCCAUUCUCCCGCUUUCCAUGACCCCGCCCCAUUCUCCCUCUUUCCGUCACCCCGCCCCAUUCUCCCUCUUUCCAUCACCCCGCCCCAUUCUCCCUCUUUCCGUCACCCCGCCCCAUUCUCCCUCUUUCCAUCACCCCGCCCCAUUCUCCCGCUUUCCAUCACACCGCUCCAUCCUCCCGCUUUCCAUCACCCCGCCCCAUUCUCCCUCUUUCCAUCACCCCGCCCCAUUCUCCCGCUUUCCAUCACCCCGCCCCAUUCUCCCUCUUUCCAUCAACCCGCCCCAUUCUCCCGCUUUCCAUCACCUUGCCCCAUUCUCCCUCUUUCCAUCACCCCCCCCCAUUCUCUCGCUUUCCAUCACCCCGCCCCAUUCUCUCGCUUUCCAUCACCCCGCCCCAUUCUCCCUCUUUCCAUCACCCCGGCCCAUUCUCCCGCUUUCCAUCACCCCGCCCCAUUCUCCCUCUUUCCAUCACCCCGCCCCAUUCUCCCUCUUUCCAUCACCCCGCCCCAUUCUCCCGCUUUCCAUCACCCCGCCCCAUUCUCCCGCUUUCCAUCACCCCGCCCCAUUCUCCCGCUUUCCAUCACCCCGCCCCAUUCUCCCGCUUUCCAUCACCCCGCGCCAUUCUCCCGCUUUCCAUCACCCUGCCCCAUUCUCCCUCUGUCCAUCACCUCGCCCCAUUCUCUCGCUUUCUACCACCCCGCCCCAUUCUCUCGCUUUCCAUCACCCCGCCCCAUUCUCCCGCUUUCCAUCACCCCGCCCCAUUCUCCCUCUUUCCAUCACCCCGCCCCAUUCUCUCGCUUUCCAUCACCCCGCCCCAUUCUCCCGCUUUCCAUCACCCCGCCCCAUUCUCCCGCUUUCCAUCACCCCGCCCCAUUCUCCCUCUUUCCAUCACCCCGCUCCAUUCUCCCGCUUUCCAGCACCCCGCCCCAUUCUCCCGCUUUCCAUCACCCCGCCCCAUUCUCCCUCUUUCCAUCACCCCGCCCCAUUCUCCCGCUUUCCAUCACCCCGCUCCAUUCUCCCUCUUUCCAUCACCCCGCCCCAUUCUCCCUCUUUCCAUCACUUCGCCCCAUUCUCCCUCUUUCCAUCACCCCGCCCAUUCUCCCGCUUUCCAUCACCCCGCGCCAUUCUCCCGCUUUCCAUCACCCUGCCACAUUCUCCCUCUGUCCAUCACCUCGUCCCAUUCUCUCGCUUUCCACCACCCCGCCCCACUCUCUCGCUUUCCAUCACCUCGCCCCAUUCUCCCGCUUUCCAUCACCCCGCCCCAUUCUCCCUCUUUCCAUCACCCCACCCCAUUCUCUCGCUUUCCAUCACCCCGCCCCAUUCUCCCGCUUUCCAUCACCCCGCCCCAUUCUCCCGCUUUCCAUCACCCCGCCCCAUUCUCCCGCUUUCCAUCACCCCGCCCCAUUCUCCCUCUUUCCAUCACCCCGCUCCAUUCUCCCGCUUUCCAUCACCCCGCCCCAUUCUCCCGCUUUCCAUCACCCCGCCCCAUUCUCUCUCUUUCCAUCACCCCGCCCCAUUCUCCCGCUUUCCAUCACCCCGCUCCAUUCCCCCUCUUUCCAUCACCCCGCCCCAUUCUCCCUCUUUCCAUCACCCCGCCCCCUUUCCAUCACCCCGCCCCAUUCUCCCUCUUUCCAUCACCCCGCCCCAUUCUCCCUCUUUCCAUCACCCCGCCCCAUUCUCCCUCUUUCCAUCACCCCGCCCAUUCUCCCGCUUUCCAUCACCCUGCCCCAUUCUCCCGCUGUCCAUCACCCCGCCCCAUUCUCCCGCUUUCCAUCACCCCGCCCCAAUCUCCCGCUUUCCAUCACCCCGCCCCAUUCUCCCUCUUUCCAUCACCCCGCCCCAUUCUCCCUCUUUCCAUCACCCCGCCCCAUUCUCUCGCUUUCCAUCACCCCGCCCCAUUCUCCCUCUUUCCAUCACCCUGCCCCAUUCUCCCGAUUAACAUCACCCCGCCACAUUCUCCCUCUUUCCAUCACCCCGCCCAAUUCUCCAUCACCCUGCCCCAUUCUCCCGCUAUCCAUCACCCCGCCCUAUUCUCCCGCUUUCCAUCACCCCGCCCCAUUCUCCCGCUUUCCAUAA